AUGGCUAUUGAAAUUGAGUCGGCAGAGUAAGAUCCCUAACGUAUUUGCUAUAUAGCCUUAGUGUCGUUCGUUUGAUUGAACAAUAUCUAAAAGAGAGUAAUCUUAUUCGGACUCUGCAAGUUCUCCAGGUACUGUCAAUCGACUUUUUGCUGGUUCUAACCAGCCAACAUGCACGUGUUCUAGGAGGAGACUGGUAUUUCCCUCAACACAGUCGACUCAGUCGAGAGUUUUAUGAGCGAAAUCACAAGUGGCCACUGGGAUACAGUCCUAAAAGUUGUUCAGAACCUUAAGUUAGCUGACCACAAGUUGAUGGAUUUGUAUGAACAGGUAUGCCCAUUAUUGCGUAAUAUCUGUCAGAUUGUUAUUGAGCUGAUCGAACUAAGGGAGUUAGGUGCCGCUCGAACACUUUUGAGACAAACAGAUCCCAUGAUUUUGCUCAAGCAGAAUCACCCAGACCGUUACGUUCAUUUGGAGAAUCUUCUUGCCCGAUCCUACUUUGAUCCGAGAGAGGUAAUAAUUUGAUAUCACCCGACUACUGUUUACCAGGCGUACCUUGAAGGCCAGACGAAGGAGAAGCGUAGGCAAGCAAUCGCUUCGGCCCUUUCAGGAGAAGUCAGCGUUGUGCCUCCCUCUCGUCUCCUUGCACUUUUGGGUCAAGCUGUAAAGUGGCAGCAACAUCAGGGUCUACUGCCUCCCGGUACUGCUAUCGACGUCUUUAGAGGCAAAGCAGCUGUCCGAGAGCAGGAGGAAGAAAAGCCACCUACACAGCUCUCGGCUGCAAUAAAGGUAUUCUAAAAUUCUCUGUUCCCACAUAACUCCUCCUAGCUUGGGCAAAAGUCACACGUCGAAUGUGCCUUGUUUAGUCCAGAUGGCCAGUAUCUUGUGACCGGCUCAGUAGACGGAUUCAUAGAAGUAUGGAACUUCAUCACGGGAAAACUCAGAAAGGAUUUAAGAUACCAGGCUCAGGUGAGUCUUUCUGGACGUUUAGUUCGAAUGCACUUUGGGUUUUCUGUUCUUGGCGACUAUGUUAUAUUGCGUAGGAUCCUUAUUUUUGCAUUCAAGUUGUAUGGAGUAUAAUUGGGUUUGAAAUUUUGCCUUAAUAUCCGCCGCUUCUUUUGCUCUUGUUGUGUUAAUUUUGUUGGUAGUCAGUUCGACACAAUGUUGUAAUGUGCUUAUGGAUGCGUCAACAAGACAUCCGAACUACUCAUAUACAACACACAGUCCGCGAUUAUAACUUCUUAAAGUUCUCUUCCAAGGUUCUUCCCCAAGCAUAUGACUUAGAUUAUUAUUGUCGUUCAUCGAGAUCUCUGCCUUAGAUCACGAUGGCCCAAUCUACACUUUACCACAACUUUAAGGUUACACUGAAGUGGAGAAGUGGAUGUAGAGUUGGACUGUCUGUAGAGUGAUUGGCAGACUCCAGAAGCAUGCAGCCUGUCGUUUUUCGUUUGGAACAUCUUCAUUCCCAUGUGCAGUACAUGCAACUCGCACUUGUCACAAAACUCUCGCAUUAAUUGAUUCGUGUGACGCAGAUGUCCGAGGAUAAAUUAUUUAUUUAGGCUUCAGAUCUUUGGAGUCGGGUUCCAACCCUUAUAUGUAACUCUGUCAUCGCUAUAAAGCAGUCAUUUUACUGGUGCCACUUGUUACGAUCCAUUGCGUAAGUUAUUUAAUCCAUUCAGGUCAUUAUAUCCCAAUCCAACCUUCCUAGAGUGAAAAAAUCUCCUUAUUUUAAGACCGUCGCGGUUAUUGGGAGACUUGGAAUUUCACUCUUCGGAUGUCGGAGAAUUAUUCCGCAUCCCAACAUUCUGCAUACCCCGUUUAUUUGUUGAUUUGUCUUCGACGGCUGUCUGCAUAAAUUUGUCCAACAUUAAUGCCAUGCCUAUGUGCAGACCCCAUCCGGACCUCAUUCGCCGACACUAACUUCCUAUGGAGGAACGUCUUAGCUUAUGCUUUGGUAGAUGCUAAACGGUGAUCUCUGUAGAAUCAACUUAGAUUAGGUCAAACGUACGCUUUAUUUUUAUUGGUAGUAGAGAAAACCGAUUCCUGAUAACUAGUGCGGACGAUCUUUUCUAGUUAAAACAGGACGGUCUUACACAAGCUAAUCAACUACUUUUAUGCACCUCAAGCAUUCCCUCAUGUAGGGUACUAUGCAAGCAACAGACAACGUCGUAGAAUCCUCCAUCUUGUGCUUAUUUCGACGCAUCUGUUACUUGUUUACGUUCCAGGAAAACUUUAUGAUGAUGGAGGAGGCCGUUCUAUGCCUUGCAUUUAGCCGUGACUCCGAACUCUUAGCUUCCGGUUCUCAGGAUGGGAAAGUAAAAAUUUGGCGCAUACAGUCGGGUCAGUGUCUUCGCCGGUUCGACAAAGCGCACGCGAAAGGAGUCACUGCCGCGCACUUUUCCAAAGAUAAUGUACACCUCCUAACAGCCAGUUUUGAUCACACAAUUAGGUAUGCUCGCUUAUUUUUAUUGUCUUUUUCUUGUUAACGAUUUAUUGUUGGAAGUAGUCUGAUCGUUGGCAGAGAGCCGGUAGUGUGUUGUUCAAAAGUGAUUAAAUUACGCACACAAUAAAUGAGUUAAUCAACAGCACAGAAGAAUUGUCUUCAGCAUCUAUUCGAUCGUCGAUCUCAGAGAAUCACUUGUCUCUGGCGGCGAUAUUGUAAAUUUCAAAACGGAACAGUUAGAUUACUUGUAAGACGUGACUUAAGCACCACGCCUGUAAUACUGAUGCACGUGACUACUCGCCUUCUCCCUCCUCUCCCAAUAAAUCACCGGCAAUCUUCUUCGAAGCCAAUUUCACCGUUUUAAUUGUCUACUACAUAUUUCCAGCAUUUCGAUGUCAUAGAGUAUAUUUUGCGAUUUUCGGCUGCAGGGUGGCAUACGACUAAAUAUCCUCGUUUGUCCAAGUAUGCUUUAAAAUGUUCGUCUUUUUGACUUUAUUACAGAGUAAUAUGUUGUUAUUCACAUCUGUGCGUGCGUAAAACUCAACCGAGUGAGAUACUUGUCAGUAAACCACCUGGUUUUGGCAUUCAUCUCUGUCAGAUAUCAAUCUCACAAAUUCAUGCAGCCUUUCUGUUUCGACCAGCAAGGGGGUUUUGCCUGUUUGGUCGAUCUUUUGUUGUUAGCCUCAGCUCUCUAUGGGGACUAACAAGAACGCGAUACCUCAUGUCAACAGUCUCAAAGAGCCGUCUUUACAACUGUUAUUUAUGAACACUAUAAUUUUCUUGAAGCAGCAACAAGUGGUUGAAAGCUUUUCCCCUUCCAAAAUUUGCUUAUGAGUACCUCAUGGAUCAUGGUCCAUUUUCAGUAGCUUUAGUUCUUUGUACAAGACGCUGUGAAUAAUUUUUUGUCACCCAACUGGACCGUCCAAUUCUUCUUUAUCGAGGAACCUGUUACAUGAAAGCGCGGCCGUUUUGUCAUGCGUUCUCGUAUGAAGCUUAAUCUGACACCGAAAAUUCUUGAAAAUGGCUUAGGUUUUUAGAAAGCUAUGAUGUAUGGACUUUCUUCCUUUAAUUUUCCUAUCCACCUUAGAAAGUCACUGUCGGGCAAAUGCUCAGUUGGUGUCUAUUUUUCAUCCACCUUCGACUCUUUCUUACAUUUAAUCAUAUUUUCUUGAAAUAAUGCACAAAAUCAACCCAAUGUUGAUUGGAUGAAGCUCAUUGUGUACUUUCGCUAAUAAGAAACGGCUCAUUUGGUUCUAAGGAGGGUCAGUACUCCGAAACACAACUCGUAUUUUCAAAGACUUUUAAACCGACCUUUAUAUCUGAAAAUAUUUCCACGUCUCUAUGUUUUAUUGUGGUCUGCCUUGUUCAAAGUUACAGUUGAGCCUCCUUCGUCUGCAGGAAGAAUCGUAAUGUUUUUGUCACAUUGUCAGUGCCUUCAUUCCCUCGUGUGACAAAACCCAGCAAGCGUUAUCGCGCCUUUAAGACUUCCACAGUGCUAUUCCGGAUUGCGAACCGUGCAUCCUCUGUGAGGAUUUCUGAUUAUAUGAUGGGCUCCAGGUCUGCAAGGAAACCUUGGUAGUUUGAAUGGGAGAGAUGUUGUUUCAUCCCCGUGGAAAGUACAUCCUAUUCGGCUCUUGCUGACAUAUCUAGUACCUUAGUUAUAUGAUUGUAGUGUACGUGAGUUCGCUGAGACAUGGACAUCCACAUCUUGUCCAAAAUACUUCGUAUCUUCCACCGUUUGAUGUCGGAGACAGGCGGUCUUUUCACAUAGAGAUUCUAGUAAGAGUGACGGAAGGUUUUUUCGGCAAAAUUUCAUGUGUUCUUUGGACGAUUGGAAUUUCUGAAGUCUAUAAUGGACAUCAGUUAUGAAUGCGUCAAGCAUGCCUCAACCGUAACGACAUGCAAUUUGAUAUCCUUGAGCGGAAUUUAUGGCGGGCUUUACUUUGACAGAUUUUGGCAACAUCUUCAUUUUUCGGCAUCUGUGUAUAAACGAUAGCUGUUCUCGCGUCAGACUUCUACGAAUUGCACACUUUUCCUACCGCCUAGCUCGUUGCGAAACUUUACAAUCCUAAUUCCUACGUAUGUAAUGCCAGGCAAGUUAGGUUCCCAGUCUUUGUUAAUUUACCUUACCCUCAGUCCCAAAAAGUGGUGAGAAGUGUCACAAACGGUUCCGUUACCAGAUGCACACAGACGGUUCUGAACAGACAAUUAAGUGACAAAUACAAAAACUGUUCCAGUCCGUUAUCGCUAAGCGGUCAUAUAGUCGUUGGCGCUUUUUUCACGUUAAUCCCUCCCCCGUGCAUCUGACCGAGAGACUGACGUGCCGUAAUGCGCCUCGGGCCGGUUAUUCAUAUAAUAACUUUAAGUGCGUCAACUCACAUCCCUCAUUGUUGUGGAAUUUGAUUAUUCAGAAUACAUGGGAUGAAAUCAGGCAACUUACUGAAGGAGUUUAUCGGCCACACGGGCUUUGUUAACGAUGUGGCUUUCACAAUGGAUGGCCAUCAUGUUCUAAGCGGGAGCUCUGAUGGCUCUGUACGCGUGUGGUCCGUUCGCACCACGGAAUGUAUCAAUAACUUCAAGGUAAGUUCCCCGUAGUUGCGAUUUUUUUAUUGACUGCCUGCCUAAAACUGCGGAGAUGGCAAUGCAUAGAUCUCAAAACACUUUUUUUCUUAUUAGGCCAUCUCAGGUCUGGUAGGGCGUGAAGUUCCCGUCCAGUGUGUUCAGCCGAUGCCUCGAAAUACGGAGCAAUUUGUCGUCUGUAGUCGUUCAAACACUGUCGCUAUAAUGAACAUGCAAGGCCAGGUGUGUUCUUCCACUCUCCUGACUUAAAAUCCGGUGAUUUUUGGCGUGCAUACUUUUGUCUGCAUUCCGGUUCUCCUUUUUCAGGUUCUUCCAGCAUACUUCUUAAACUACUUAGGUGCAUAAACCUCUACUAUAUUCAGGACAUUGCAUUUGAUGUGAAGUCCACUAAUGCCUCACAAGAGUGUCUGCAAAUUAUUUUCUCCUGGGAACCGCCUCUCUUGUGUUUUUUGGUUAUAAUGGGGUCCCUUACUUGGUAGUCAGUCCAUCUAACAAUGACCAUCAAUACCCCCAAGUUAGAAUGGCGGAUUGCGCUUUCACCGUAUUCUCACUGUGCAAUCUCGUGUUAAAAUAGGCUUGGUCGCUGUGGCCGACCUGGCAUAAAUCUCCGUCACGCACAUGCCAUAAUAUGAUUGGUUCCUCUCUCUUAACCGAGUCAGCCACUGUGCAUCAGUCUGGCGGCGUUUAAAAUAUCUACCGCACACCAUCAUCUCCCUUCUUCAGUCAGUCAGAGCCGUUUCCAGGGUGUAACGACUUAAGCCCAACACGGAGUUGCAAAUAAAAUCUGAGCAUCAUGUGGGCAGCAUGAUAUUUUUUCACGACUGUAAGUCCUGAACACCCCAUCUUUGUCCAAUGCAGUCUUCGCAUACAAUUUUGAAUUGAAAUUCUCAAACUGUCCUCGUUGUGGACAAAUGGUAGGGAAUAAAGUCGAAACAAUCGGGUUACUGUAUCCACGCAACAAGCUGGGAAGAAAUUCUCACAUGUAAUAGCUUUACGAAACCGCUAGGUGCACUAUCUUGACCAAUACGGUCGGUCCUCUCUACCAAACAUACUCUGUUCGCCAAAUUUCGUCUUUCAGCAAUCACACCUAGGCUCUGUAGACUUUCUUAAACCUGAACGCUGAUUAUCUACCUUGGUAGGUAACGCAGCUGUUCUUGAAGUAGAUGUCAAUAAACUACUCAUUCUACAGCGCCUCCUCUCUACAUACAUACCCAACGGCUAUCGUUGUGUCCUCUUGUCUGCCUAUUCUACAUACAGCCUGGUCCCCGGGAUGCCAAGUACCAGGCUACGAGGAGAGGUCUCGGGUAUCUCACGAGUAAAGGGCUCCAUAAAGGCUGCAUUAAGAAGGAGCUGUCGCAUGCGUGGUUCCUUCAGCUGACAACAUUCUUAGGAGCUUUUGCGCGUCAGGGUAAUUGAAAACGUCCUAGUUGAUUCUGGUGGAAACUAAUGCAGGGGAUCUGAAAUGGGUCGACGUGCUUUCAUACUAGUCACACAUUGGGGUCCUGCUUCCUGGUGAUAGGAUUUGGUGCUGUGACUGAAGUGGUUUGGAAGCCCCCGCCCAACGCAUGUUUCGAAGUAGUUGAGCACUCACUAGGAAUACACAGUCCGUCUACUGUAUACCAAAAAUCAAUGUGGUCGCCGUUUCGACCUAGCGCAGCAGGGACUCAAUGCGUGAUUGGGGCAUUGUAGGGUUUCACCGAACUCGUCCUUGACUGUCAACUUAGUCUCAUAGCUUAACAGGCGGAGGGCAGAUCGGCUUACUGUUUUAUGGGGUCACCACCAGCGUUUCGGCUGUCAAGCGGAUCGUUAUCCGCCGCGUUACUGAUCCGCACCACUUUUAUAUCCACGAAGUCGAGUGUGUAGUCUGGUUCAUGGAUUCCAAAAUGCAGACGAUUCCAGUGACUGAAAUUUCUCAUUUUUGAGACAGUGGCUGGUGCCCCUAUCUCCACCUCAUUUCGUCAAAAGAAUUCUUUUAAUUAAUUUGGAUUUCCAGUCUUUAUCAGUUUGCCUCACCUCUGUCUUUAAAAGGUGGUCAGAAGUUUCACAAAUGGCAAACGGGAGGGUGGUGAUUUCAUCGCUUGCUCAGUCAGUUCUCGCGGCGAAUGGAUCUACUGUGUCUGCGAGGACCGGCUCCUCUAUUGCUUUAAUGUUGCUGCUGGUGGUCGACUUGAACGUACUUUGCCCGUAAGUCGUUAGUAAUUUCCUAGCUACAUAAGUAGCGCACGUGCCUACGUCUGGUUCUCUUAUGGCCACGGUAACCAGCAGUGUUCUUGUGAUAACGUUUCCCUUAUGUCCCGUAUGCUCCGUCCAGCUAUUGCUCUUGCUGACAUUGGGAUACCAGCCAGUCCCACCUUGAAGAGGUCGGUCUUUGGGAUAAAGUCUAAUCAUUUCCAUGGCGGCUUCCGUUGACUUGGAGUUGUGAUAAAAAAAAGAUGCUCAGCGAAUUCACUUGACGUAUUUUCUCCCUCGGCUUCGUAUGAUUUCAUCUAAAGCUCCACCGUAGGUCGUCCGUUAUCUGUCGAAGUGGCGAAGUAAGUAGCCCCCCCCCUAGUCUGCCUGAGACACCAUUUGCGCCAGUUAUCGUGCGCAGAUAUGUAGAAAGGCUGUCAGAGUCUAUGAACAGCUUGUACUUUGACCUCGUCGCCAGUAUAAACCUCUGGUGUCUAUUUGUGAGUUUUUACUGCCUGAAUAUCUUGCUAAACUGAAUACCACAGCCUGAAAUAAGUGUUUGCCCAUUGCCAUAAGUCUAGCAAAGCUGUAUGUUGGUCGGCGUACAUUACUUCGUGCGCACUUUUGCCCUGCAGUUUUCCUCAUUUAAGCCAUUACUACAAUCUCCGGUAAGACAUAGGCUUGGGGGGCCUUGCGCUAAAUUCCAGGAAGAAUUCCCAUUCCUGUAUCCUAAGCUGGGCCUUCACACUAGCCUUAACUCCAAUCUUAACCCCACCUUUCACCCUAGCCCUAAUCUCCCUGGAAUUUGGCGCAAGGCCGCUGGUGCUAUGGUGGUUCGUAUUCCCGUGCCCCAACCAAUCUUUCAUAGGCAAACAUGUCUUGCUCGGCAUCACUCCGCGGUUAUUACCCGCCCGUCGUGUCAUGCCUCAAGACAAAACAGAACUGACGUAUGCCAUCGUGCGAUCAGGGUAUUUCGGUAAAAAUCGCUCCCUUAUGACCUUAAAUAUUCCCGCUCACGUCUGGCAUGGCGUAAGCCCACAGCUCAGUGGGGUAAUGUUUGGCUAGAUGACCUGAUUUUAGGACAGCGACAUACAACGACUUGCAUGCUAAUCCAAAGAACCUUAUGAGGCCUUUCAUAAUUUUUCUCGUGACUACUGCCCGAGGCCAAAUAACUACAACGAAUUCCAUUGUUAGUAGUCCUGGAUGUGACCGCCCCACCAGGCAUAGCUUCGGGAAGUCACCGAUAAGAGCUCGGCGCCAGAUAGAAAACAAAACUGAUGCCAAUCUCCAAUAAUCCUGUAGAUCUUCUCGUGAUCCUCUCGUAACUUUAUGGUUCAACUGUACUUUCUUGAAGUGAUUCUAUAUCAAUUGUUUUUUUAUUCUAACACAUUUUAGGUACAUGAGAAAGAGGUGAUUGGAUUGGCGCAUCAUCCUCAUCAGAAUUUGAUCGCUACUUUUUCCGAAGACGGUCUCCUACGGUUGUGGAAGCCUUAAACAGUUCCUUCAUCCCCUGUACACUCCGCUCCCUCAUUUAUAUCACGCAUCUUAUUUCAUUUACGGUGGACCUCUCAGCGUGUCGUUAAUUGUUUACUGCAAAGUAAUAUACUGUGCAUAUAUUUAUUCCGAACCAUCCAAUUGUUCUUCAGUGUGCAUAGGGCAUGGGAACGAAGCUAACGGUCUCAUUCACAUGCCAAGUUUUUUUUAAAUACGCCCCAUGCACAGGCCGUCUUAAAAGUGCGACCAAGUAGUCCUGCAAGGUUCGAUGUAUUAAUCGAUUACAUAUGAUAGUGGAUGCUGGACCUGGUGGGACCGUCGACAAAUCCGGACAGCAAAUUUAGUGCUAUCUCGGUGGCCAUGACCUUUCCACCGCUGGUGAGGAGUGGUGAAUAAUGUGGAAGAGGAAGGAAAGGAUGAUGAUGAUGAUGAUGAUGAUGAUGAUGAUGAUGAUGAUGAUGAUGAUGAUGAUGAUGAUGAUGAUGAUGAUGAUGAUGAUGAUGAUGAUGAUGAUGAUGAUGAUGAUGAUGAUGAUGAUGAUGAUGAUGAUGGAAGUGGUGGUUCAAGAGAGCGAUCAGUGUCAGUUGGCUUGGAAGACGAGAAGAAUUUGGGCGGAGGCACGACGGUUUGUACGGUCCGGGGGGCACAGUUGAUGCGGAGAUGUUCAACAAGUCCAAUUCGUGCCCGGAGUCUCCGUUAA